UGUAACGGUUACGGUGGAAAAAUUCCAACUGAUAAAGUAGUACUUCAAAUUCGGAUCGUUUAAUUAGUACACGCAAGUAAUAUUCAGAGUUGUGUGAAGCAUUUUUGUCGAAGCGUUGUUUCGUAUGGAUAUUGGGAUUUUUAAAGAAAUGCCGAAAGUUUGAUAAAAUAGAACAGAAUUGACGGAAAGACGAAUCAUAGAGGAUUCCGGUUUCAUUUUCAAAAAAGAUUUGUACGAAGACGUUACACGAAGUUUACCAGACACAGAACAAUACAAUGGUGAAGGCUAAAAAGUUUGUAUUGGUGGAAUACUUCCACGGCGAGCUAAAGGCCACUGAUUUACAAUUAGUAGAAGAAGAAUUACCACCCCUUAAAAAUGGAGAGUACUUAGCUGAAGCGGAAUUCCUAUCUGUGGAUCCUUAUAUGCGAGCAGGUUCUAAUGAGUUGCCAAGAGGUAUUACAAUGGUCGGCCAACAAAUAGCUAAAAUUAUAGAAUCCAAGAAUCCAGAAUUUCCAGUUGGAAAGAGAGUUAUUGGUUACAUGGGAUGGAGGACACACACGAUUGUGAAUCAGGAGGAAUUUGCAAAACCAGAAACAAUGAAUCUGUUACCAAUAAUUUUACCAGAUAUCGAAGAAUAUUCACCAUCUUUAGGUUUAGGAGCUUUAGGAAUUAUAGGAAAUACAGCAUACUUUGGCUUGCUUGAUAUCUGUACACCAAAGAAAGGGGAGACACUUGUAGUAAGUGGAGCUGCGGGAGCUGUUGGUUCCCAUGUUGGUCAGAUAGGAAAACAUGUUGUUGGGAUGUAUGUUAUCGGUAUCGCUGGUUCUGAUGAGAAAUGUAAAUGGCUGGUGAAUAAGCUUGGCUUUGAUCAUGCCAUUAACUAUAAAACCGAAGAUGUUGGUGCUGCAUUGAUAAAAGCUGCGCCAAAAGGAGUCGAUGUCUAUUUUGACAAUGUAAGAUUAGGAAUUAUAUAAAAUGUUUUAUGUUUGCUAGGUGGGAGGAGAGAUUUCUAGUACAGUCAUACGUCAAAUGAAGCUUUUCGGUCGUAUUUCUGUUUGCGGAAGCAUUUCUGUGUAUAACUCAGAUUUUUCGGCUUUGCCGAAGGCUUCUGUAGUACAGUUUUUUGUUAUGAAGAAGCAAUUGAAAAUGGAAGGUUUUUUUGUAACUCGAUGGAACGAUCAUUGGAUGGAGGGCAUAAAAAAAAAUCUUCAAUGGAUACGCGAAGGAAAAAUUAAAUCUCGCGAAACUAUUACCAAAGGCUUUGAAAAUAUGUUUGAAGCAUUUAUUAAUAUGCUAAGAGGUAAAAUUAUUGGCGAAGCUAUUGUACAAGUUUAAAUCAGUUAAAAACUAAUGUAAUAUGUACAUUUAACAAGUUAAACUCUUAACAACUUAAAAACUAAUGUAAUAUGUACAUUUUUGUUUUAUUAGAAGCGUUGUUGUUAUAGUAAAAAAUUAAGAACUUAAGCACCUUUAUCCUAUAUAAUAAGUACUGUCUAUUUUUAGUACACAUUUGAAUAUUUUCUGUACAUAAACAUGUGUGAUUAGGAAUAAUAUCUUUUUUGCGAUAUUUAAAAGAUUGCUUAUUAUUGCGAAUAAAGAAUUGUGCAGGAAUAAACAAUGUCCCUUAAUCAAUUGUUUAACUUUGGACUACUAUGAUAGACAGAAUAUUAAAAAUAAUGAUUUAAUAAUUAGCAAUUUAUUAAUUCAGAAUAAAGAUACAUUUAAGGGAACUACUUUUAUGUAUGCAAAUUUCAACCAUUUCUGAUUUUUUCUUUUUAAAUGAAUAUGGCGACGUGAGAUGUGGCAGCCAUUGAAGUUAACAUAUAGUGGAAAAUAUAGAAUAAUUUAACAAACAAUAAAAAUAAUGGCAUACAAAUUACAGGCUGUUAUUUUGGAACACGUAUCCAUACAAAACUGUGAAACCUUUGAUCUGUAAUAAUCUAACAAUUUGUUAUUUUGCAGACACCCUUCUAACUGAUCAUACGCAAUUAAUGUAUGAGUGAUUUAGAAUAGUAAUGGUUGAACUCCUAUUCCUAAAUUCUCGAGAAAGCUUUUGCAAAAUAAAAUGGAAAUACUAAUAUUGCAAUGAAAUGUAAAUAAUGAUAUUACAAUUAAUAAUAUUUAAUAUAAUAAUAUUUACAUAUAGUAAUAAUAUAUAAUAUAAUGAUAUAAUAAAAUUUAUUAAUAAUCUUUAAUAUUUAUAACAUUGCAACAUUACUAUUUAACUAGUCCAAGAACAUUUUAAAGGUUUUUUCCCCUGAGUACUCAGAAAUAGGAAUUAGACCACUACUAUAUCGAACCAUUCACAUCAAUCUGAUCACUAUUAAAUAUAUUCGUACACAAUGAAAAUAUACCGACAAAUUGGCAUAGACAGUUUUAUUGCAAUAUAUUACACAGAUUAUAGUGCAUCACAAUGAAUAAUUACAUUUGCUUUCCCGAUGCCGAAUGACGUUACAGCUAGAGUCCUUAGGUAUAUAUCUUAGGAAUCGUAAUAUUACGUCUAGUACAACCUAUACGAUACCUUACAGAAAAAAGUCGCGAACUUACAUCCACUUCUAAUUACAAUAUAAUACAUUUUUUUUCCUCAAGUUAGUCGUGAAAUUCCAU